AUGGAGGAAAUUAGUUAUUUCCUGGUGGGAAAGAUCGAGGGAAACGCGAAAGCCGUAUUUCCAGCAUAUCCAUGCCUUCGUCCAUCGGACGCUACGGCCUUCCGGGCGGCCCUCACCAAAUAUCUCGAAACACUGCGUCACGCAGCCUUGCAUCCUAAAGCAUCUACUGAUCAGCUGCGUAGACUAGGCAAGACUGUCAAGCAGAGCCCUUCAAGUGGGACGCCUGGUGUGGAGCUCGCAUGGUGGUGGAAAGAUGUGAUGGUCCGUAAAUCCUUAUUAGAGGAGUGCUCCGGAGACAAGUUUGAACGCCUAAUGCUGGCGCUAUCUACGCAUGCACUUGUGAAGGGGCUAGAUGGGCAGUCGGUACCUUCCGCCAUUGAUGCAUCAUCAAUGGCUCCUGUGAGUGUUUCGGACUCGAUCGAUACCUGGCACAGACACACUGAGGCAGAUUAA